AAAUACUGCCCAGUUUAAUUUCGAUUAUGACGAACGCAGAAUGAAUUUAUUUCGUGAUCGUUAUCGGGCAACAUACAGUCUCCCAUUGUUCAGAUGACUAAUCAAAAUCGAUGCUCGAAUGCCCCCGAGCACGUAAAACUGUGUGUAUUUUGGCCCAGAUAGCUUAUCUUAUCACGUGCAAAAUCAAAUGCACUUUCAAAAAUCGGACAGUCGGGUAGUGAGGUGUUUUUGUGUCGAGUUGAGCUAAAGAUGCCGUUGUUUGGUGUUAACAUGGCCAUUCCGGUGAAGGAACACGUCAGAGAGAGUCGGAUUUAUUUCUUGGUCAGCACGGAGAGCGUGCCCCCGGAUAAUCAAACCGUCCAACGGAAGUAUCUGAUUUUUAAAACUGUCGAACUGAUUCUGUCUUUGUGUUCUCUAAUGCUGUUUGCUUACAGCAUGCGAGUAACAGAAAAUGAAAUUCUGGACAUGUUAAAAUACAUUGCUCUUGGUGGGCUCACAAUUUAUCCACUUUUGUUCAUAUUGUUGAACGUGAACGUAGAAAGAAAACCCGUCGUUUCAAUAAUAUUAAAUGCGUCAGCGGCAGUUUUAUUUUUUACGAUUGGAGCAACUACCAUGUGGUCAUCGUGGGGUCAAUCGACGCGCUUUCAGCGACACGAUAAAGUAAAAUCUUUUGAAACGACCAUGCAGUUGCGAUCGUCAUUUCUCAUAGUUGUGUGUGGGUUUUUUUAUUUUAUAGAAUCCCUCUUAAUGUGUAUUGGAAUACGAAAUCCGGCUUCUGCUAAUUAAAUACGUGUUCGCGAGGUUGUUGUAUUGUUUUUAUCGUAAUUUCGUAAUACAAAUAUUCGAAUCAGUGUUUAUGAUAUACCUACUUUUACAAACAUUUGUACUGUGAUAUGAAUUUCAAUAAAGUAUUUUAAUG